AUUUCCGGAAAAAUUGCUAGUUCUUAAUGGAAUAUAUGUAUUUAAAUAACUUAACAGAAACUAUGAUUUAACUUCAAAAACAUUUAGGCUCAAUCUGUUUAUAAUGUCGGAAAAGCGGUCAUUUUUAUUAAUUUGCUUUAAAAAUGCUACUUUAUGGCACAUAUUCAGCAAUUAUUAGAUGCCUGUCGUUUGGGCGAAGUGAACGCUGUUCUGGCCCUACUGAAUCAUGUUGACGUUAAUGCUUCAGAUCAUCAGGGGGUUACAGCUUUACAAAUGGCUUCAGCAUGUGGUCGUAUAGUAAUUGUUAGGGAACUUUUAGCAAGGGGAGCGGCACUGGAGCAGGCAAACAACCUUGGAUGGACGCCACUAUUACACGCAUGUAGAAGAGGUAGACUAGACGUAGCCGACAUUCUCAUUGCUAACAAGAGCAACGUCAAUGCUAGAACAAAACACGGAACAUCAGCAUUAGUUUUGGCUGCACGGGGCGGCCAUUCACUGGUAGUUAAAUCCCUUUUAGACGCUGGAGUCGAAACAUGGCCUCAAACUGCGGUGGACGUAACAGUGUGUGAAAUUUCUGCACUAAUGGCUGCCUCCCAAAAGGGACAUCACUCAGUAGUUCGUCUUUUGUUAGACAAAGGUGCCGAUGUAAAUGCUCGAGCUCCGUCAACAGGCGUGUCCGCUUUAAGUUUUGCAGCUCUUUCCUCGAAUGUUAGUUGUUGCGAAAUUUUAGUUCAGAGAGGAGCUGAUCCUGACCAAUAUGACGUAAAUGGAAGAACACCAUAUUACUUAGCUAGACACAAAUCGGUCAAAGAUUACCUUAGGCAAAGAACUGAUGGAGCAUCAAUUGUUGAUGACCAGAUUAAAAGAUCAGAACAAACCCUUUUUCUGCAAGCUCUUUUAGAAGGUGAUACUCUAAAAGUAAAAUCAUUUUUAGAACGAAACCCCUCCCUAGUAGACAUUACUUUGACACAGCAUGAUGGAGCAACUCCUUUAAUGCUAGCUGCUGUUAGGAAUCAAACUGGAGUGGCUAAACUAUUAAUUGAGUAUGGUUGCAAUAUAGAUUCUCAGGACUCAAAAAAUGGCUGGACAGCUUUGAUGCAAGCUACCUAUCACAAUAACGAAGAUAUGGUUAGAUUGCUUUUAGAAUCUAACGCCAACCCUAGAAUUGUGAAUCAUGUGGACUUUACUGCUUUCGAACUUGCUACAAUGAACAUGGGAAAUACUGAAAUUUAUCGAUCGUUAGCCAAGGCUACUGACCCUAAUUCUGGAGUUAGAGAUGAGGCCAAGAAGAGAUCUUGGAAGAAAUUUCUUAGUAGAGUAUCCUCUCGCUUUGGAUCGACUCUACGUCCUUCAUCUAGUCGCUUGUCAUUAAAUUCUACUCAAACUAUUGUUGAAGCAGAUCGAACAAUGUCUAAAAAAGAGUUUGAUCGCGUUAUGAAGGAUAGUGAGAGACAAAGAAGAAUGGCUGAGAAAAUGGAGAGAAGAAAAAUCGUUUCUGCUAAGUCAAUGCUCGAUUUAAGUGCAACACCUUCACCAGCAAGUCUUGCAAUGAAAACCUGGGCACCUGCUAAAAACCUAGGCUAUAAAAGAAAUUCUCAAUCAACUUGUAAUUUAACUUCUAUUGGAAUGCGCAAUCCAAACUGUAGUCCAGGAUCAUCUGCAACAGCUGUUGCUUUGUCUGGAACAUCUAGUGGAUCAAGCACGUUAACCAAUGAUCGGAAUAAGCGAAAGCCAUUGAUUCAUAGUCCACCAUCGACAAGAUCUCAGAGCUCUUUACCACUAAGUGAAGCUGUAGAGCAUCUUGAAGAUGAGGAAGAUGUUGCUGGUGUUUUACGCCAAUUAUCUCUGCAGUCAUAUACUCCUGUUUUCGAAGAAAAUGAAGUUGAUAUGGAGGCCUUUCUUACAUUAAAUGACAAAGAUUUAUGCGAGCUUGGUAUAAAUGAAUCAUUAGCGAGAAACGAUAUACUAAGCGCCAUAACCAGAAUCUCAACUAGGAAUCGAAUAUCUUCGCCUUGUUAA